UACCGAAGUUUAUCUUUCAGAUUAUUCGUCAUGGCAAAUGCAAGAAGCGCAGAUUUGUCUGGAAUCUGCGGCGCACGAUAGUUUGCCCUUUCUAACAUGCGCGCCGAGGAGGAACACCAAUGAAGCUCCCAUACCAAAUCGGAGAAACGAGCUUAAUACUCCACCACGUGUUGCUAAUACAGCUGAAGGAAGGCCGAUUUCAGGAUUUAUUAAGCUAGAUUCUAACAAUGCAAAGACAAAUCUCGAAAUUAGGGUUGUUGAAAACCAGCUUACGCAGCAGCCAGUAAGUGCCCAGAGGAAUGAAACUUAUAAUGGAACUCAGACGUGGGCAAAUUUAAUUCAGGGAAACAGAUUAGCAUCGAGAGGAAUGAAGUUGCAUUAUGUAGCCCCUACAAUUCGGAAUGGCGAGUAAAUUGUUGAAUUAUCACAAAGUGAAGUGGAGAAGGAGGCUGAGAAAUGGAAGCAAGCAGUUAUCCUUUAUGUGGUUGGGGAUACACCAACUGUUCGUUCACUGAAGCGAUUCAUUGCCACACAAUGGAAUUUCAUCUUGAAGCCAAAGGUGUUAUAUCACGAUGAUUGCUACUUUUCUAUCCGGUUUAAUAGCAUGGAGGAUAGGGAUGCGGUGCUGUAUUUUGGGCCUCACAAUAUAAGCAACAAGCCAGUUAUUACUAAAGUUUGGUCCCCGGAAUUCAACUUCAAUGAUGAGAUACUGAAAACUUAUUCCACUCUGGAAACCAGUUCAGAAUUCCGUUUUCUACAAAAAUAAUUCAUCUCCAUUAGAUGAGUUUGGGUCUUUACCGGAAGACUUGGAGCUUAUCAGACAAAUGAAUGAAAUGGGACUCCCCAUGACAUUCCACACUAACAAGGAGAAGAGAAAUCGAGCAGUUCUGGGAAAAAUAAAGAAUGGAAAGAAGAUGAGUCUUUGGUCCUGUGAGAAUACUCAGGAUGAAGUGCUAAAUUCAAUACAAGAGCAGAAGGAAGAAUGUGAGUCUAAUGGUACUCUGCAAGGCAACUCAAACAAGGUUUCUUCCUCCAUGUCAAUUCUUGGACAAUGUGAAUUCUCAUCCUGCUAUACCGAGGAUGGUUUAGUCAGUUGUCUUAAUGGUGGAGAAGAAAGUUUGAACAAAUUGAGCGCUGGUUGUGCUCACAUGUCCCUUGAAUGCGCUGUUUGCAAUCGGCAAUCGGAUCUAAGUCUGGAUAAUGCAAAGGAUACUGUCUCUACGUGUGAAAAAGUUCAAUUGGAAAAAGAUGUAGUAGUAAUGGUUGGCUCAAGUUUGGAAUGCGGUAAUAAAGCAGAAAGCUGUCCAAUCGAUAGCAGUGUUGAUAGUGGAUGGAUCAGUGGAGAGGGAUUAAAUGGUCAUUGUGAGAGAAAUCCUUUAAAUGGGGAGCAGAUGGAGUAUGGCUGUAUUGGAAAUCCUUUAAAUGGAGAGCAAGUAGAAUCUAUUGCUAUGCAAAUGACUGAGCAUCACACAGAAGAUGGGCAAUUCUGCAGUGAUGUUGGUGAAGAGAUACAUAAUUGUAAUACAACUAGUAACAAUUGUGAAGAGACGAUUAAUGAUUGGAGGUUGUAUUGGGACAAUGAUUACCAAAGAAACUACUUUUAUAAUGUGAUGACCAUGCAAUGUACAUGGGAUCCACCUCCAGGAAUGGACGACCUAGUAUUUACUAAUUUUACUACCAAGCAACCAGAGAUAGCACUUGAAACGGUGGUGUUGGAGGAUGCAGAUUUAAAAGAAUCUAAUAAUCUGCAAACUUCUGCAAGUAUAAAAUCUGACCUUGACAUUGCAGACAGAUUUAGAGAUGAUGAGGUAUUGUUGGACAGACAACUCAAUGACUCAGAGGCGACAGGGCAAUUUGCUGACAAUUUUUGUAGUUUAAGCUCUACCAAACAGAAAAAGAGAGUUAGGAAGACAAAAUUCAAAGGGAAGUUAUCAAUAGAAAGUCAAGAGCUGCAAUUCUGCGAUAUUAAUGAAGAACUAUCUCCCAGUUUGAGCAAAUAUUGGUGCCAAAGGUAUCUACUAUUUAACAAAUAUGAUGAAGGAAUACAGAUGGACGAAGAAGGAUGGUUCUCAGUUACGCCGGAGGCCAUAGCCAAGCAUCAUGCACUUCGCUGUGGUUCUGGUACUAUAGUCGAUCUCUUUACUGGAGUUGGUGGAAAUUCAAUUCAGUUUGCUAAGAGGAGUAAACAUGUCAUUGCAAUCGAUAUUGAUCCAAAGAAAAUUGACUUUGCUCAGUAUAAUGCUGCCAUUUAUGGAGUCUGUGACCAAAUAGACUUCAUUAGAGGCGACUCUCUUGUUUUGGCUCCAAAGUUGAAGGCAGAUGUAGUCUUCAUGUCACCACCUUGGGGGGGACCGGACUAUUUGAAGGAAAGAACAUUUGACAUGAAAACCAUGCUUAGGCCGCAUGAUGGGAAUUUUCUCUUCAGCAUUGGCAGGGGAAUUGCCUCCAAAGUUGUUAUGUUCCUUCCAAGAAAUGUUGAUAUCAAUCAGUUGGCAGAAUUGUCAUUAUCCGUAAAUCCACCGUGGUUAUUAGAGGUGGAGAAGAAUUACUUAAAUGGCAAGUUGAAAGCUGUUACAGCAUACUUUUGUAAACCCUCCUGAAAGCUGUGGUCGGAUGAAUCUGAUAAUCUCUUUUGCCAAGUGGAAUGAUGAAUAUCUUCUUAAACGGCAAGUUGAAGGCUGCUACAACAUACUUCUGUGAACCCUCCUUCUAAGCUGUGGUCGAAUGAAUCUUGUAAUUUCUUUUGCCAAGUGGAAUGGAUACCUUUCUCCGGAGCACAUGGGGUUUGUCUUUGCUGUGGCUUUCAUCUUCUGUAUAGUGAUGUAUGUAACAAAUAUGCUCAUAUAUACUUUGUACGGUUAUAUGAAGUUGAACUGGCAGCGAUUGUUGUCACGGGCAGCCGUUUCCAUUGACAUUGGUAUUAGCAGGAAGGGUUAGUAGAGCUCUACUAGUUGGUAGCAGUGCAAUGGAAUUCUGGGAAGUGAAAAUUUUUCGUUGUCAGUGACGGAAUGGUGCAUGAGUUUUAUCCGUCUAGUUCUGCAAUGUACAUGCGCAAGGAUCUCCUGUCUCAUGGUUAUAAUGUGUGGCAAUUCCAUCGGAUGCAAGUGUGUGACUUAGCGAUCUAUGAAGUUUGUGAAAAUCAUAGGAGAGCAGGGUUAAUACCAACAGAGACAAAAGCAUGGGUGAUUUCUUCUCAUCCUCCUAAGGCUUAGUGGGUAGAGUUAGUACUUGGGCUAAUAGGAGUUAGUAGGUAGCAGUGUAAUUGUCGAGGUGCGGACAAGCUGAUCAUGAGGUCGCAGUGUAAUUGUCGAGGUGCGGACAAGGUGAUCAUGAAACCAUCGUCAUUGGAAAAACAAAUUGCGGCGAUUCCAUCCGCCAUAUUGCUGCUUACUGCAGCUGGCCGCUGUUGCUUCUGCUGCUAAUUGCAAAAGUGCUGGAAAUUGACUGGCAAAAUAGACUUGGAAGGUAGAAAAAGGAUUCAACUUUGUGCCUUGGUGUCUGACUCUCCGCUUUUUGAUGUGAUAAUUGGAUGAAAUGGUGGUGAGAUGCCAUUUGGAUUGGACUAAUAUAGAAAUUAUUAUACUUAACAUUCAUCUUGUAGUUUUACUACCAGUAUAUGUGACCGGUAAUAUGGUUUGGUUAUUUGGCCUAAUUGUAUAGUUUGUAUUUUGCUUCGGUGAUUAGUAAAGCAUGUCUUAUAUCCUUGCA